AUGGAAGACAUCACAGCAUUGAAGCACAGCGUUAUUGUAGAAUGUUCAUCUUACUACAGUGAGCCCAGUGUAUCUAAAGAGUACAAAAACCUCUCUGGCCCGAGAAUCGAGGAAAAAAUUUGUGAAAACGGAUCCACCAGUUAUCUUGACAACCCAGAAAUCAAAAAAGAAAAUUCCGCUUUUUUAAAUAAGAAACCUACACCGUCCCCAGACAAUGAACUGGUACUACCAGAUGUUUUGGAUAUCAAUAGCGAGGAAAAGGUUGUUUUAACCCCUCUUCUUUUCCUUGAUCCAUUCGACAAUCCAGAAAUGGAAUAUGAUUUUUUGGAAAACGAGUCAUUUUGCUCAGAUUAUCCAGAUCCAUGGGGAUUUCCGAAAGUAGUCCACAUUCAUUUCAUAUACAUACCUGUACUCCAUGAUAUGCCACUAGAUAUACUACCAGAACUUGCAGUAGUUACCCACAUUCAUACCGACAAAGCACAAAUCAGAGAGUUUCUUCUAAGACACCGAGGUGUUUCUAAAAUAACGGAAGAUCCAGACAUUCCAUGUGAAUAUCCUUCGGUUACUGAGCCCGUUCUUAUUGAAGAAAAAAGAAAAAACAAGUUUCGCAAAGCUAUGACAAAAUGGAAAAAGUGGAUUGCUACUCAUUCAAGAAAAACGAGGACUGAAAGAGAAGUAUUUGAAAUUACUAAACCUGUUCAUGAAUCGAAAAGGAAAAAUAAGUUUCGGAAAUUAAGAUCAAAAUGGGAAAAGUGGACUGCUUAUUUUUUAGCUCAUUUUCCGUCACAGGAUGCGAACGAUUGGGAAGAUCAUACCGUUCAUGUGCAUAAUAAUUUGCUGGAUGAAUUUGCUGAAGCUACGAGGCAGAAAGAAGAAUUAGAACAGUCAGAAGCAGAUGACAUUAAAGAAUCUGUUGACCACAUCCAUGUCCUCCAUGUAGGUCAACGCUCAGAUGAGAAACUGCAUUACGAAUACAAACAAUACCCGAAAGUUUAUCACAUCCAUUACGUCGAAAUAUCUAAAGAGUUUUAUUCAGAUAUCGCAAAAACAGACGUCAACCAAGACACAUUUACGUUUCAGUAUUCUCCAGCAACGGACACGGCUCCAAUUAUAACGGAAGUUCCGAACCUUCCAAAUGAGUCACCUUUAGCCAAUAAACCCGAUUUUGGAGAAAUUUUUGAAAAUGAAGAAAUCGCCAUACCUCUCUCCGAAGGAGAUGCGUCACAAAAUGGUUUAAACGAAAAAAAACCAUCGGAUGAUGAAGACGAACUGACUGCAGCGCAAAGCGGCACCACGGUGACCGCUAAUAAGAAAAAUAAACUUGGGAAAUUGGGGUCUAAAUUGAAAAAGUGGACGGCCGUUCAUUUUCACCGACGAAAGGCAAAGGAUGCGCGUGAAGUGACAGAAGACCAUGUAGACCAGCUAGCAAAUGACAUCCAAGAAGCAAGUGAAAACCAAGAACAACAAAAAGUUGCCGAGGAAUCUGAAAAUAAAAAUAUGAAGCAAAUAAAGAAGAAAAAAAUUUUGAACUUUGGGAGAAAAAUCAAAUCAUAGUUUCUUCCGAAAACAAGAAAGGAACAAAGAGAAUUAUAGGAAAAAGAAUGAGUUUUGGCGAAGAAGGAUAGAAAAAUGGUUGAACCCCCUCGAGUAAACUACACCACUCUUUCAACGAAUGUAAACAUUGUUCAGAGAUGAACGAGUAGGAAGGCCAAACCGAAACAUGCUGAGAAAACGAGAACGAGCGACACAUGGUAACGAAACAAGCCAUAUAUAAAGGAUCAGACUUCUGAAGAAGAAGGACGAAUUUUUGAAUUCCUUCGACAGUCGUUUCCUGACAAUGUCGACCAUAGCCUCACAGACACCGACACACUCCGCGAUCCGAUUCAAGUUAGGUUAAGUUAGAUUUAAGUUAGAGUAAGUUAGGUUAAGUCUUAGGUUAAGAUCUUGAAUCGGAAUGUGGGGCCAUGUAGGGGUAUGGGGGCUCAGAUCGAUAUUGUUGGGAAUGUAAUGUAGAAGAAAUUCAAAUAUCCGUUCCUGUUUUGGAGAGUUAGGUCCUUUAUUGUACUUUUUUCGUUUACUUUGUUGUUACUCGACUUGUUUUCUCAAUGCCUUUAGGUUUGGCAUUCUUUCUCAUCAUUUUAUGAACAAUCAAUUCGUUGAAAGGUCCUCAAAAACAAGCAUCAAGACCACAGACUUAUUAAUGGACCCCUUUGUCUUUAGGACGAAGCAAGUGCAUGCAAGUGAUGAGAUGAACAGUACAAGGCUGCAAAGUAUUGUAUUGUAUGCAUCCCAUCUACUUUCUGCAUUUUGCACCAAGAGGCAAAGAAACGACCAUACCAGACGAAGGUUUUCAAAAUUG